GGUUAUUGUGAAGAUGGCGUCUCCGAAUGGAGGAGAUGAUUUCGAAUCAUCUUUGCUGAGUUUUGAGAACUUGGACAGAGCAUCGCCAGACUUGUGGCCAGAGCAGUUGCCUGGAGUCGCAGAAUUUGCAGCAUCUUAUAAAAAUCCAAUCACAAACUCGCCCCCAAAGUGGAUGGCAGAACUGGAGAGUGAGGACAUUGAAAUGUUGAAAGAGCUGGGCAGUCUGACCACAGCCAACCUGAUGGAGAAGGUCAAAGGACUUCAAAAUCUUGCUUACCAGCUGGGUUUAGAGGAGUGUAAGUACAAGAAGAAGUCCAAAACAUAAGAAAAUAUGUUUUUA